UAUGGCAAGGAAAGCAACACAUCCCUGCAAGCUGACAGUGGCACCCAGGGAGGAAGACUAAAGACUCUCUGGGUUAAAAUAUGUGGGGAACAUGGCACAGGGGACACAAUGGUAGGAGUCUACUACAAACCGCCUAACCAGGAACAAGAGCUCAACCAGGAAUUUGCCAGGGAACUGGCUGAGGCUACACACUCUCAGUGCAUGGUUGUCAUGGGAGACUUCAACUACCUGGACCUGGAAGGGCACUCGGCCUAAUCUGAACGGUCACAAAAGCUUCCUCACAUGCGUGGAUGAGCUCUACCCGUCCCAAGAAGUCUAUGGACCAACAAGAGGAUUGCACGAAGAAAUAUAUUGUGAAGAAUUACUUCUACUACUACCUCUUCAGGUUUUCAGCUGCUUUGGGUGAAGAAAUUUUUUAUAUCACUUUCCUUCCAUUUACCUGCUGGAAUAUCAAUCACUGUGUGUCUAGGAGGAUGAUAAUUGUUUGGUCUGUUGUUAUGUACAUAGGUCAAGUCUCUAAGGACAUCCUGAAAUGGCCUCGUCCUCAUUCGCCACCUGUUGUGAAGCUGGAAGUGAAAGCAGAUGCAGAAUAUGGAAUGCCAUCCACCCAUGCCAUGGCAGCUACAGCCAUCUCAUUCACAUUUUUUAUUGUGACUGUAAACCAAUAUAAGUACCCAUUUGAACUAGGACUAAUAGCAGCAUUUGUAUUUUCUACCUUAGUGGGUCUCAGCAGAAUUUACACUGGAAUGCACACUGUGUUGGAUGUGAUUGGUGGAACUCUGAUAUCAGCAGUGUUACUUGCACUCUCAUAUCCUGCGUGGGACCUCAUAGACCACUUUUUAUUAACUAGUCCAUUUUGCCCUGUAUUUUCCAUAGCUGUGCCCCUCCUUUUAUGUUACAACUAUCCAAAAUUAGACUAUUACAGCCCUACCAGAGGAGACACAACCACUAUCUUAGGAGCUGGAGCUGGAGCUAUCAUAGGAUUCUGGUUAACUAACCAGUAUGCACCAUUGAACUCUUCCAGCGAAACUUUUCAACUCAGCUUUCCUCCAAUCUCCAGUAAAAGGCUGAUGGUCAUGCUGGCAAGGUUCUUAGUUGGGGUCUUUGUUCUUUUGAUCACACGUCAAUUCAUCAGGAGGCUGGCCCUCAGUAUGCUAUACUACUGGUACAAAGUUUCCACCAGUGAUGAAGAAGCCAGAAAACGCCUGGAAAUUGAAGUACCCUACAAAUUUAUAACUUAUUCUUCGGUUGGUUUCUGUGCCACCGUAAUUGUGCCAGUACUGCAUGGGCUUUUAGAACUAAUUUAAGUGCUGUGCAUUUUUUGAAAUAAUAUAUGCAACAUCCACUUUAGACAUGCAAUAAAACUGCAGGCUGAACACUUGACCAAGCAGUUUUUUGUGCCUUUCUGCACUGGCCUAAAAUGCCUAUUCCAGAAGAUCCUAGGAAAUCACCAUAUGUAAAUAAUGUAGGGUUGGAAAUUCCUAGCUCUUGGGUGCUCCAGGCAAACACCUGUGAUUCAGAAGAUGUAUGAAAAUAAGUACAGAGUACAAAAAUAAGAACUGAUGUUUAUAUGACUGCUGUUUACCUUCAGAAAAAGUCAGUGUUUAACCAGUGGUCACUUGUACUAGAAUGCCUGUCCAUGUGGCCAGAUUAAAUCUGUCCCUUACUCCCCAGGGCCAGCAUUUUGGAAUGGUCAUGAAGGUGAUACUCACACACCUGGAAGUUUGGGAUCUUUUAAAUUUCUUGUACUUCCAAACCAGGGAUUCGGCCUGUGUGGUCUCUGUCAGAGGCAGUUGUGAGGUCUUGAGGGUCACCCAGGAGAAUGAAUAGAAACAGCUCUGCAUGAGCUAGGAAUUCAGAUUGGUGGAAGUAGUGAUACACUUUGCUGGUUGUCUUUUUAAAGUUGUGUGUGUGUGUGGUGUGUUGUUAGGUGGAAAGUAGGGCGAUUCAGUCAGGUAUGAUCCUGCCUUGAACAAGGCGUUGAACUAAAUGACCUCAUGGGGUGUGUCCAGAUGUGCAUGGAUGUUUGGUUCCCCAGGGACAACUAGCAGUGACACACCUUGCUCUGCAGCUACUUGUCCUCGGGGAACACCCGUUCCAUGAGUGCUUUGUUGUGUCGCAGGUUACCCCGGGGUCAGUAGGGGAGGCUGGGGCUGGCCCCAGAAGCCUUAGCUGGGGUUCUGGGGCUGCAGCCACAGCGAUCCUGCUGGGUGGAGCCUGCUUGGCAGCUGCUGUGUCGCUCAGGGCAGCCCAGCUCUGUUUUUCAGCAGCAUGCGCUGCCUGAGCAUGCACUGUUUUGUUUUUUCCACAGUGUUUUUUGACCCCUGGAUAUCCAAGGGUCAAAGGACCUGCGGGGGGGGGGGGGGGGGGGAAGGAGCAGUGCAUGCUUGGGCAGUGUGGGAAACACAGGACUGUGCAGUAUGUGGAGCUGCAAAUGUGUUUACAGCACAACAUACCACACAACUGCACUUGUCUGGAUGCACCCAUGAUGUCUUUUCCAGCCCUACUUUCCUGUGACGUUUAAGAUGGCCUCAGCUGUGGGGAACAGGCUGCCAGCCUUGCUUUAAUGAUUUACUCAAAAAGCUCAGUAUUAAGAUCUCCCCAGAGACUGGGGAGAAAGACCAAGAGAGACCUUAGGUAGUUAAGAAUGACCAGAAAAGCACAAACCUGGCCAAGUAUGGAGGCAGCCUUAACCAAAAAACCCCCCAAAACCCAACACUUUUCAAAGCUGUAGGGCCUGAUCAAGGGGUACUUAAGAACUGUCACUGAUUUCAGCAAGGGUGUUCUGCUGACUAAGAUGGCAGACUCUCAGGAGAGAUGCUCCUGGAUAUUAAUAUGUACCAAAACCUUGAGCUCUUAUGAGGGCACGUAUGCAUGUGCCUUAUCCUUAGACUGGUCUUUAUUAUUAAAAGUUGAAUCUGAUGGUUUUUAUACUUGCUACUUGAUGUACUGCCUUCUGAGUGCACAGGCAGACUUCACUUGUAAUUCUCUACAUGUAGGACUUGCUUUGCCUGUUGGAAUUCUUCAGAAAAUUACCUUUAUUCCUUUAAGUUUUACGCCAGAUAUGUCAUGCCUAUUUCUGCAAAUUUAAUGGGAGAGUGUACUAAUAGUAGUGGGAUCAUGGGGUUGGUUUUCCUGAAUUAUAAUCCCAGCUCUGACAUGGAUUUCCUGUCUGGCCUUGGGCAAGUCAUUUACUCCCUGUAAAAGUAGGACAAUGGUUUUCACCUAGCUAUUCUAUGGAGCUGCUGUCAUGAUUAAUUAGUGUUCUUAAAUAACAUUUUAAAGAGUGUUUGGGAUUGGUGUUCAAGUGACUAAGAAAUAUAUUGAUAUAAUGCCAUAAUUUUCUGGUGAUUUGUUCUCUAUGCAUCUUGCAAUAAUUCAUGUAAUCCCAGAGAAUAGAUCAGAACUGUAUUAAUAGAUAAGAAUUGCUGCUAUGACUCUGAUUUUCAGGUAACUAAAAAAUUAUUAGCAAUUGGGCCAAUGAGUUGCUAGCAAGUGCAGCUAUGAGUAUGGCUCCAUAAAUUAAAAAAAAAAAAUCAAUGAGCAAUGCUUAAUUUUUCCCCUAUGGUAAUUAUGCCAGUCUAUACAUUGUACUGUUGCAAUGAUAGCUAAAGGCGUAGUCAAAAAGCCUUUUCCUAGGGAGCUUACACUAAAAGGAUUCAUCACUGUUUCCUGUUGUCCACUGCUUUUUAACAUUUAGGUGUGUUGGAGCUCUUCUGUUAUGAAAAUGCAAAUUUAUUCUUCUGUAAAAAGAAUGUAUUUGACCAGAGUUAAGUAUGAAAAUAUAAGUGAGUAGCAUUGUCACUUAGUUGAUGAUUUUUCUAAUUGUGUUCACAUAUUUUGGUUGCAGGCUUUGCCCAGAUAUCCAGAAGAGUCUUGCUUUAAAAAUGGUUAAUGACUAUAUAUGAGGAGGCAAGCUGGAGUUUUAAACAGUAGUUUUUUUUGGAAUAGUAAAGGCUGUGGUUCAGCUUAAUGUCAAUUAAGGUGCAUGUAUAUCGCGUUUACAUGUCUUAACUGCAUUCUAAAUUAUGGGAUGCAUGCACACUUUAAACAUACUGUAAUAGCACAAGAGGUGCUGUGGUAAAUACCUUCUUAAAAUCCUUUCCAGUAGGGGUGCUUUCUGAUAUACGGCUCUACGAAAGCAGAAGCUCUGAAGCCCUGUGGAGGCGUCAGUUCAUGUUGUAGCAGAGGGGCUAAAACUGGGAAAGGUAAUACUAAGAGGAGGAUUUCUUAGCCACUGAAUCAGCUCUACUCAAAACGUGGCUUGAAAUUUGGCUGGGACUUGCAUGCAGUUUUACUAAUUAAAUUGUUCUACUGAUUCACAGUCAUUUUGUAUUCAUUUCCCCCUCAGGCUGUCAACAGGUUUUACACCCCCCCACCACCUUAUGUGCUUGGAUUUAUAAAAUACGUUCAUAAAAUUUGUAUCUGUCUUAGUACUCAACUUUGGGACAUGCAAUACAUGCAAACUAUUUGGUUCAACCUAGAAAAUAAAUACAUUUCCAAAAGCCUGG